GCUGUGGCAGGGUGGGCGCUGUGUGCGCAGCGGUUUGUUUUUUUCGCUCUCUACUUUUACCUUUGACGCAUUAGGACAUGACGGGGUUGUAAGGCUGGCGGUGGACGGUCAGUGUGAGAUGGGUGAUCUGCCCCGCUGACUACGGACAGCUUCCAGUGUCCAGACAGUGCGGAGCAAUGGACAAGGAGCCUCAAGCUAAACCCGAGCCUGCUAAGAGUGCAAGCAGCAGUGCACCGACUGCCACCACUACUACCACCAUUAUUACCACCACUACCACCUCCUCCACAGUGACUCCUUCUCAGCAGGCCAAUGGAACUCCCAAAAGCACCCCGUCACUUACAGCGGUCACCACCUUUCACAAUCAGCCUCCACCCACAGACAGGAAGGUCGUACAGGUCAAUCUGUUCGGGGACAGGCUGGCUCCGGCCUUCUCGACUGCUGUUUCAUCAUCUCAGCAGACUCCGAAAGCGGUCUCAGUGCCCACCAUGCCAGGAUCCCCAUCCUUGGUCAGAGCCAACCAGAGUUCCAGCCCUACUGGCGCUACCCGCAAGAUCUCCCCCCAGACUCUUCUCCUCGGAAAGAGCCCUUGCAGCCAGGCACAGAUGCUCUUGAGAGCUCAGAUGUUGAUUCUAACGUCUGCAGUGCGACCUGAUGCACCUGUCCUCUCCUCUUCCUCCUCCUCCUCCUAUUCCUCCUCUCACUCCUCCUCUUCACCCCGAUUUCCCUCUUCACAGCUCCAGAGCUUGACACUCCGCCCUCCUCCUCCCGGCACUCUAACCAUACCCCCAAACCUGCCACUCAAGUCUGCUGCCUCACGUCAGCCACCAACCCUGUCUCGGCCAAGAGCACCCACUUUUACUCUGAGGCCCAGCCCACCACCCUCUGGGAAAGAGGCAACAUCCAAGACAGAGGGCACAACCCCACAGCUGCCCACACUGACACCCAAAGCUCCGCCUGUACGCCAUCUUACAGUUCCACCUCCAUCCCUGUACGCCCCAGCCCAGUCCCACGCCAUGGCCAAGCAGAACCCGACUGCAAGCGGCAGCCUGAAGAGACCCCAUAGCCAGAUCAGCAUCCCCCAGCACCCGUUCCCCCAAAGGCAGACUCACCCCAAUUCCUCUCCAACUGCACCAAAGAAACCUCUGCCCGAACUAAAGCGCUGCCCAUCCACCCAGUCCUCCCAGAGCGGGUCAGCGCAAGUCUCCACUGUGGCCAUCACGGUUCCAACCCCCAGCAGAUCACACCUUACACCACCCACCAUGACCUUGCCCCUCAGCUCAUCCUCUCCAGGUGGGUCAUUACUGGCCACCAAGCAGCUACUGAGGAUCGCACUGUCCUCCGCUUCUGCCCAGUGCACCACCAACGGCCAGUCAAAGACAACCACCCUGUCCCCGCCCCGUGACGUUGUCCAAUCAAAGCCUCUGGUUUCUCCUGUACUGGCAAAGCCAGAAUGUCCUGUCCAGUCACCACAGACUUCAAACCCACAGCUGGUGCAGUUAUCACCUUCCAGACAGAUGCCGGCCGCCCCCCUCAUCACCGCCGUUCCCCGACUGUCCUCCCCCCAGAGAGCCUCACCUCCCUCUCCUGUUCUCCCCCUCGUUUCAACCAGCAGCAGCGUCUCCUCAGCACCUUCACAGUCUCCCCUCGCCUCCCAGAGUCCAGUGUACACAGUGGAAUCAUCUAAGGAACAUAAAAGCUUAAAGGAGAAGAGGAAGCAGGCAGAUGGAAUGGAGGAAGCACCCCAAGAUCUCAAACUCACAUCAGCCCAAAUGAAAAGUGUGGAACAAACACUGAAAAGCACCACAAUAGCUCUGCAGUCUGGAGAAGCUGUGGACAAGUCUAUGGUCUCCAAGAGGAUGUUGAUCUGUACAGAGGGACUGAAGAGUGAAAACCAGAUUAAACUGUCUCAAAAGUCUGAGAUACACCCUGCUUCGGCUGUAGCAUCACCUGCUGAACGAGAGGACCUGUGUGAAGACAUGUCCACUCAUUCAGACAAUCACUCAGCCAUAUCCAGCCUGUCCUCUGACCUGUCACCAGUCCAGUCCUCUGUGAUACGACCAUCGGAUGCAUCUCCUGCCAGCUGCAGCUCUCCCCCCAAAUUUCCGGCAGUGUUGGACAGGCAGCCUGCCCAGCGGCCCACCUCCAGCCACACGGGACCAGCAGAAGCUCAGCACAGUCUAGGAAUGUCCAAACCCCUUGUACUCACCCACUUGGUGGAGGGCUUCAUUAUUCAGGAAGGACUGGAGCCAUUCCCGGUGAGCCGCUCAUCGCUUAUGGUAGAGCCACACUGUGGUUCUGGAGUGAAUGGUGUGAGUGGGCCAGAUUUGUUUCCUGCCACCUCAGAUCCCCCCGAUGACUCCACUGACUCAGACGAUGAUGCAGGGGUCACAAACAAUGGUGUAGGAGGGGGACACAGGCUGGUGCUGCAGUGUCAGUUUUGCAAGAGGAAAGGCACUGCCCAAACGUUCCCCCGUUCCAAACGCUUCUGCUCCAAGUCCUGUGCCAAAAGGUUCAGUUACACCAAGCGCUUCCGUGCACUGAGACGCUGUGUGAGUGAAGGGGGGCACCGGUCCGAGUUUAAUGGAGCGGGGGACGAGAUUCAGGAGGAACGCUUCCAGCAGGUGAAACAUGGAGCCACAGAGCAGUGGAGGAUUCUUCAGCGCCCCCCGCAGGAGGGUGAGGACGAGGCUGCUGCCCCGAUGAAGACAAGGCUGCGCAGGCACACGGAACAGGGCCCACGGGAGCGAGAAAUGAGGACCAGAGAGAUGGUGGCAGAGACCAGGAGUGCUCCUACGUCACCUCUAGACACGGUGUCCCCUACUGACCUCUCCUCACGACCCAAACCCGCACAGUGGACGGUAGAUGAAGUGUCCAGCUUUAUAUCCAGUUUACCAGGGUGUCAGGACAUAGCCGAAUCCUUUCGGGCGCAGGAGAUCGAUGGACAGGCCUUGCUGCUGCUCACCGAGGACCACCUAAUGAGUGCCAUGAAUGUCAAGCUAGGGCCAGCUCUCAAAAUCUGCGCCCGAAUCAACUCUCUGAAAGAGGGAGGGAGGUAAAGAGACAAAACGCCGGAUGGAAGAAGGAGAGACCCAAAAGGAUAGGUUUGCCCUAUGUGGACGAUCAGAGCACUUGCCAAUAGAAUAGAGCCAUUUUGUGCACUUUAAUCUUAAGAGAUUUACGCGAUAAAAGUCAACGUGUUGAGAUAACUUGUGUGUAUUUGCUUGAACUGAGCUAGCAUAACAUUACAGUAGCCUACCAGUAACCUUAGCCUCUGUUUGAAAGCAUGAUAGCAAUAUAAUGGUCUCUUUUCCGUGAGCAUAAUACAAGAUCUAUACACAGUCAUAGUAGGAGGGAAAUGUUUGUGUCUGCUUUUUGUAUGGGUUCUCAUGAUCAGGGUCGUCGAGUUUCUAUUUUUCACCGCAAGGAGAGGAUCACUUCCUGUGUUCUGUGGAGAAAGCUAGAAAAGAAUGGAAGUGCUAUUAUCGUGAGCAUGUCCCAUUGUAGAUAUUUUCUUAUCGUACUGUAUAUGUGUACAUGUAUAACGAUGCAGUGCUCUGUGUGUAUAAAUCUAUACAAAUGUUUUGUGAAGGAUUUGUAAUAUUUAAUAUAUUUGUCUUCUAAGGCUUUAGCAAUUACAAAUGCAAGUGAUUUGAAAUUUUUAAAGCAUUUUUAAAUGACGUUUGACAUGCUGACAAGAUUAAAUAGGCUCAAAGAAAAUUUUAUGACUUUUCUCGCUCCAACGGAACUGUGAAAAUCCAAACAUGUCAACAGUGUGUCUCAGCGCAGAGAACAACGUGUGGGUACCUAAACGCAGUCUCACCCAAUCAAGGUACAGCAAAGGUGCCUUUUCUGACAUGGAGACCUUAUGAAACUGCUGUAGGCAUUGUACUAUAUAGUGUCAUCAAAGUGUUGUUUGUCAUUGUUACAUUACCUUUCUCGUGCCAUUUUUGAUUAUUUAAUUAAACAAACUACAUUUUGUUACUGAA